AUGGGAUGUGGUUCAUCAAAUAUUAUUAUUCCUGUUCAUAGUUUUUCGCUUAGUGGAAAAAAUGUUAAGGAACAAAAUAAUUUAAAAAGCAAAAUUGUAGUAUCUGAAAACGGAAUAGUUCCAGUUUAUUUUGUAAAAGACUCUGUAGUAGUGAAUUAUCUUAAUAAAGAGAUAGCGUAUCGCCUGAAGGAGGCAUCUGCAAUACCUAAAAACUAGGAAUCUGAGUUUAUAGAUUUAAGAUCGAUUGAUGAUUAUUCUAAAUCGCAUAUAAUUCUAUUUAUGAAUAUGGAUGCAAAUAAAGAAUAAGCUCUUAAUUCUAGUGAUUAAACUUUGAAAAUUUUAUUCGAUUUUAAAGAUGUGUUUUUCAUCACAGAUGAGAAUGAUUAGCAGAGCCUAGUUCCUGCUAAUUCUAUGAUUUAAUUUGGCUCUUACUCCUCAUUUGAUGAAUCUAGGCUUGUAGCUUCAGCAUAAUUAAAGCAAAACCAACAAAAUAUCCGUAUUACUUAAAGAAUAAAAUCAGUAAUCAAGCUUUUUAACUCUAAAAGUGUAAAAGCAAAAAGUUUUAAUAUUAUUCAAAGCAAUUUUUCUUAAUUCUAAGCUAGUUACCCAAACUAUGUCAUUCAAAACUAAUCUGCAAAAAAAGCUAUUUAAAACGAAUAAUAACAAUAACAGAAGCAAGAAGAUAGUUAAAAUGCAGAAAAUAACUUUGUUGGUGAAAAUGAAAUAUUUUAACAAACUAUUUUUACCAAGCUUUAACUUCCUUUAUUUAUUUAUAAUCAUAAGGAUUUUAUUGAGAGCAAUGAUUAAGGAAAUAAGAUAUCAACAAAUAAACCUUGCAAAAUAUUUUUAUAAUCAUUAAAUCAAUUUUAAAAUAAUGUAAAAUCUAGAGAAGGAUAGAUAUUUUAUUUGGACUAGUUAAAAAUAAAUUCUGUUUGCAUAUCUAACUAAACUAUUUCUUAAUAAGAAAUUUAGGAAAUAGAAAGCACUUUUUUAAAUGUUUAAGCUAAACACUUUAGUUUGAAAUAAAAUAAAGAUAAUCAGAUUUAAAUGAUGAAGUUUCUUCAUAGUAGCAUUGAAAGUGGUUUGAACACAUUAAUUUUAAGAGAAAACAAUAAAGAAAACUUUAUUGAAGUAAUCACAGUAAUUAAAGGUUUGAUGUAUGAAAAAUACUAAAUAUAUUCAACUUAAAUAUAAGAGUAUUUAGCUGUUAGUAUUCCUAAAAGUAUAGCCUAUUAGGUUAAUAAUACUUUAUCAAUAGCAGUAAAUGUAGGAGAUAGAUCUGCUAUUUAAAAGAACUAAUCUGCUGAAGUAAGCAAUAAAUAGAUGGAUAAAGCUGAAAUGAAUAGAUGUUAACAGCUUACAGAAUUAAUUGUGCAAAUUUUUAAAAAUAAUAAAAAAACUAAAGAAAAAUCAGAUAAUUUUGCAGAUUUAUUUGGAAAACUCUUUGAAAAUAUCAUCAGAAAUCCAACUGAGGAAAAGUAUAGGAACAUAAAAAAGGAAAAUAAAAUCAUAAAGGAGUCAAUUUUAAAUUACAAAUAAUCUUCUUAAAUUUUAGCAAUUUGUGGAUUUUUUGAUAAAGGUGACUCUUUCCAAAAUUAGUUAUCAACAACAGAUAUUACUAUAAUUAAAGGAGAUUUCGACCUAGCUAUAAAAAAUGCCUAUAAGGAAGUUUAUAAUUGA